GUGAAAUUGAGCCAGCGGCUUCAGAAUUUCUGGAAAAUCAGCUGACCCGACACACCCCACAUCGAUCUUUCCUGCGGCCCUUGGCCUCUCAGAGCACAACAGACGCUCAGGACAGGUACCGGGAUUAGAGCAGACUCAUCACUGAUCUUGCUCCUGGCCAGGCGACCAUGGGAAAGAAUGGAAGUGCCAUUAGAAUUGUCAUUGGAGCCACAGUGGGAGCAGGAUUGGCACUGAUUGGCCUCCCUCUGGGCAUUGCUGCGCUGGGGUUCACCGGGGCCGGCAUCGCCGCCGGCUCCGUCGCUGCCAAGAUGAUGUCGGCAGCUGCCAUCGCCAACGGCGGCGGAGUGGCUGCUGGCAGCACCGUGGCUGUGCUGCAGUCCAUCGGAGCUGCAGGUCUCCCUCUUGCUGCCCAAGUUGGGCUGGGCUCAGCUGGUGCAGCAAGCGGUGCCUGGCUGUCCAAGUGAAAGAAACCUCCAAGUGACAAACCCAAGUGACAAACCCAAGAAAAAAUAACUCAGAUGACAAACCUGUGGAGGAGACAACUCCAGACGAGUAAACCAAGAAAUGCCAAGCAGGUUCCUGAUCCCAAGGCUUUGCCUGCAAAAUGCAGAUGCUGGGAAACCCCCACAGACCCCUCAGAGCUCUGCCUCCCCUUUUAAAAGCUUUGGAUUCUUGUGAGCAGCAAUUGCCCUGAAGCCAAUAAAUGUGCUUUGCUUGCA